UGUGUGUGUGUGCGGAGGGUCGGUGCCAGUCUCCGUUAGCGGACAGGAGAGCAGUCUGAGCCGCGGAGCUUCAUGGAGGAGCCGUGAGGAGCUUCACUCAGGUGGUGGCGGUGCAGUGAUGCGUGGUGAUGGAGGAGGCGGAGCAGAGCCGCUACGUCGCCCAGCUGAAGGCGGAGUUCGACAGCUGCGACACGACGGCGAGCGGCUUCCUGGACCGAGACGAGCUGACGGAGCUGUGCAGGAAACUGCAGCUGGACACACACCUGCCCCUGCUGCUGCACACACUGCUGGGAGAGAGCCGGCACGCACGGGUGAACUUUGAGGAGUUUAAGGACGGCUUCGUGGCCGUGCUGUCUCGCUCUCUGGACUUCAGCACGUCGGAGGAGGAGAGCAGCUACCUGGAGCCAGUUGUUCCAGAGGAAGUGAAACCAAAGUUUGUGAAGGGAACGAAGCGUUACGGCCGCCGCUCGCGCCCGGACAACAAGCCCGACCAGGCGCUCACCUGCGACUCGGACGAUUCGCCGCCGUCCAGAACCGAGCCGACGGAUUCGUCGCCGGCCGGCGUCCGGAGAGCCAAACUGAGGCGGUCCACGUCUCUGGAGAGCGUCGAGAGUCUGAAGUCGGAUGAGGAGGCAGCAGCUCAGAAGAACGUCCAGACGGAGUGUGAACCAGCAGCCCAGCAGGACAGGUCUGUGCAGGAUGGCGUGGCAGAGUGCAGGGGGACAGAGGUGUUGGAGGAGCUGGGCGGCGGCGGCGGCGGCGGCGCCCUGCGGGAGGAGCUGCUGCUGGUCUGUGAUCAGCUGGGACUGCAGCAGCUGGACUCGUCGGAGCUGGACGUCCUGCUCAGGAAGUUGGACGCCGACCUGGACGGCAGAGUCAGCCUAUCAGAGUUCCAGAAGGUUCUCUGUGGCUCCGCCCCCGUCUGCAGCUCCACCCCCACGCGACCCCAUGACCCCCAGAGAGCCCUGCACAGGGUGGUGGAGGAGCGUCCCGUGCUCGCCGUGACGGUGGGCCAGCGCCUGCUGAGCCGGCUGGACGACGGCUCGGGCUGCACCUCCCCCGACCGGGUCAUCGCCCUCUGGACGGAGGAGGGCCUCCGCAACAGCCGGGACAUCCUGCAGACGCUGGACUUCCCCCUGGAGGAGCGCCUCAGCCUGGCAGAUCUCUCUCUGGCUCUGGACAACGAGCUGCUGGUCAGCGGCAACGGAAUCCACCAGGCCGCCCUGAUCUGCUACAAGACCGAGAUCCAGCACCUGCAGCAGCAGGUGGAGCAGGCCUGCAGGGAGCGGGACAAGGUGAAGUCAGAUCUGGAUCUGGCUGACAGGAGGAACCUGCAGCUGGUCCGGGAGGUGGACGACCACCAGGCCAGCAUGGAGACGCUCAACCAGAGCCGGAUCAGAGGUCUGGAGCAGGAGUUCCGUGAUAGGCUGACGGCCCUGCGGAGCGAGACGGAGCAGGAGAGCGAGGUGCUGCUGCAGCAGGCCGAGCGCGAGAGGAACCGGCUGCAGGACGAGCUGCAGGGUCUGCGCAGCCGCGACGCCCAGCUGCAGGAGGAGCUGCACGCCGCCACGCAGGAGAACCAGCGGCUGGAGGAGGAGCUGGCUCUGCUGAAACUGAAGCUGACUGAGGCAGAGAGCUCCGUGAGCCGCCUGCACAGAGAGCUGGAGCUGCUGCUGCAGGACAAGUUCGGCAGCUUGGACCCGGCCGGCGCCGCCCUGAGCCACGAGGAGCGAUUCUGCGAAAUCAUCAAAGAGUACGAGCUGCAGUGCCGGGAGCUGCGGGACAGGAACGAUGAGCUGAGUUCGGAGGUGGAGCUGCUGAAGAGUCAGAGGAGCGACAGGAAGUGCAGCGGUUGCUGUGGCGACGCUGCAGCGCUGAGCUGGGACGAGCGGCGCUGCGGCGGCGUCGAGUCAGACUCCGACGACCCGGACAUGAAGCGAGGCUCGACUCCCCCGGUCAGGAAGCGGCUGCAGCCGGCCGACAGGAGCGCUCUGGGCUCUCUGGACAGCCUGUCGGGGCCGGCGGUCAGUAUCCAGACUGAACUGGCUCUGCAGCAGCUGACCCAGAAACACCAGCAGGAGGUGCAGCAGCUCCGGAUCGACCUGGAGACCAAGGUGAACUUCUAUGAACGCAGUCUGGAGAAGAUGAGGCAGAGCAUGGAGGUCGAACGCAAGGACAUUUCUCAAGCCUUCAAGUUGGAGAUCAGUGAACUGGAGGAGCAGAAGCUGCAGGCGGAGCAGCAGGUCAAACAGCUGCAGGAGAGCGUGGAGAAGCUGCAGACCCAGAUCCACCAGAGCAGCUCCACAGGAGGAUGGAGCUCCGAGCAGGAGCGCAGGGCCCAGCGGGAGCAGGCAGAGCUGGAGCAGAACUACGCCAGAGAAAUCAGCAACCUGGUCCAGAGGCUGAGCGCUGAGAAGGACCAGCUGGAGGCGGAGCUGAAGCUGAAGAUGGACCAGGAAGUGAUGCUGGUCAGGGAGGAGGCGGAGCAGCAGCUCUCUCAGAUGAAGCUCCAGUACGCCGAGGCCCAGCGCCGCCUCCUGCACCAGCUGCACCGCGAGCGCCAGCGGCUGCAGGAGCAGAGAGGAGCCUGGGAGAGCCAGCUCCUGUGCCUGCAGCAGGAGAACCAGAGGGAGAAACUCCGGUGUGAGGAGAGAGCUGGUGAGGAGCAGGCCAGGAUCUGCAGCCAGUUCUCCUCAGAGAAGAGGAGUCUGGAGGAGCAGCAUGAGGAGGAGGUGCGCGAACUGAAGGAACAAGUUUCCAGAUUACAGGAAGAGGCAAAGACAUCAGUCCAAGAUGUGGAAGAAGCCUCUCGCCUGUGGACAAGCCAAUUAGAAGCCAGUUUGGAGGAGCUCAGAGAGCGGUGUGGUCGGACAGAGGAGGAGCAUGCGGCUUGUCGUGCGCGAUGUUGUGAACUGGAGGCCAGACUGCAGGAGGCCUGCACUCAGCUGGAGGAGAGCAUCCACUUUCUGGAGUCUCAUGAGGUUUUGAAUAAACGCCUCACCUCAGAGAAGUGUUUGGUGGAGGAGGAGCUGGAGCUGGUGAAGAGCAGGGAGGAGCAGCUUCUCGUCCAGGUGAGCCAACUGAAACAGGAUCUGGGUGACCUGCAGGCUGCAUCGGACAGCAUUCUGCAGGAUAAGGAGGUGGUGACUGAUAACUGCAGCCGACUGAACACUGCCUUCGUCCAGCAGCAAGCUCAGCUGCACGCCAAAGAGCAGACCGUGGACGCCCUGAGGUCAGAGCUGGAGAAUCUACAGGAACUGAUGAGGACCAAAGUUGAAUGUCUGUCCAAACUGACAGCUGAGCUGGACUCCCUGAAAGCCGACCGAGCCCGGCUGAUCCAGGACCUAAAGGACCAGGCCAUGGCGGUGGACAAUUUGCAGCUGGAGUUGGACGGCAUCACGGAGGAGCUGGGGAGGAGGAGGAGUGCUGAGGAGAGUCUGCGGGUGGCUCUGGAGCAGGAGCAGAGUAAGGCCACAAAGCUCCAGUCCAGCCUGAAUGACGAGCGAGAGGAGGUCGGCCGUCUGAGCCAAGAGAAUGGAAGCUACAUCCGGGUGGCGGACCAGCUCUCCAUGCAGAUUGUGGAGAUGGAGGAGGAAAUCUCCACACUCCGAAACCACAUCCGAGACCUCAGCUGCCAACUGAAUGAGACCGCCGACCUCGUCCUGGAGCUCAGAGGGCAGCUCAACUCCAGAGCCUCUGAGGUGGAUCGGCUUCGGGCAGAGGCAAUGGAGGGUGCCGAGAGCCACCGAUGCAAAGUUCAGCAGCUGACUGUCCAAUUAGUGGCGAAGGACAGAGAGCUGAGCUGUGCCAGAGAAGAGGCCGAGCAGCAGGCUCUCUGGCUGCGGGACGCCCAGGCCGAGCUGAGGAGGGUAGAGAACAGCUUUGCGUGGGAGAAGAACAAGAUGACAGAGCAGCUGAUGGACAUGGAGAAGCUGGUCCUCGCCCUGGAGGAGGUGAUGGACCCGGCCAGUCCACACAGGACUCGGCUGGAGGAGGCUCGCUCGGAGAACAGCACUCUGAAGGACCGGCUGGCCGUCCUGCAGCAGGAGGUCCAGAGCCUGGAGGACGACAUCGCCAAGAGCAAGAAAAAAAUGGACGAGAUGGGGCGAGAGCGAGAGAAGAGCCGAGAGGAAGAGGAGAGGCUCCACAAAGAGAACUCCAAGUAUCGUGAGGAAGUUCUGGACCUGAGCAGCAGGAACCUGCAGCUCAGCAACGAUAACGCCGAGCUCAGCGCCCGUCUCCGCGGCGACCAGGAGUCGGUCCGGAUGCUGAGGGAGCGCCUUGCGCUGGUGACCAGCGAGCAGGAGGAGGGAGGAGCUACGGUGCGGCGGCUGCAGGAGGCGGCGGUGCAGCAGGAGCGGGAGAAGCUGCAGCAGCAGGCGGCGUGGCAGCAGGAGAAACAGCUGCUGGACAGGGAGCUGACCUCCUGCAAGGAGAAGCUGGGCCGGCUGUCGGAGCUGGAGGCGGAGCUUAGCGGCGUGACUCUGAGGCAGCAGUGGCUGGAGGAGGACAAAGCCCGGCUGCUGAGGGAGGCCGACGAGAGAAACCACAAGGUGGAGAAGCUGCAGGAGUCUCUGUUCGCUCUCGACUCAGAAACGGAGCUGCUUCGCUCUCAGCUCCACGCCGUCAGUCAGGAGAAGACUGGCCACGCCCAGGAAGUAGGCGACCUGCAGAGGAAGCUACAGGAAGCUCAGGACAAGGUGGUGCAGCUGGAGGCCAGCGUCCGGAGGCUGAACAGGGAGAAGGAGGAGCUCCUCCACACCCAGCAGGAGCAGCAGGAGCAGGCCUGCCUGGCUCUGCAGGAGGAGAGUCACAAACUGCGGCUCCAGAACCAGGAGCUCCUCCACAGGCUGUCGGAGCUGCAGGUCCACAGUUUGGAGGUCCAGCGUUUGACCCAGGAGUGUGAGAACCUGAAGAGCAAGCAGAACCAGCUGGAGACGGCCAGAACGCAGGCCCAGGACCAGGCGGCGAGGGCGGACGCGGCGCUGAGCCUGGCCGAGUCGCAGCACGCCCGCCGGCUGCAGGAGCUGAAGGAGCAGGCCGGCGCCGGGCGCAGGGAGCAGCUGGAGCUCCUGCAGGCCCGGCUGGCCGAGGAGCAGAGGAGGAGCCAGCAGCUGGAGGAGAAGCUCCGAGUGCAGAACCAGCAGAGCAGCAGCCAGUUCAGCCUGCAGCAGGAGCAGUAUGAGAAGGCGAUGGCCUCCAUGCAGGAGAAGAUGGAGGAGGUGGAGGUGAAGCUGAAAGGCGUCCGCCUGGUGCUGCAGGAGAAGGUGGAGCAGCUGAAGGAGCAGCUGGCGAAGAACGCCAAGUCGGGCCUGCUGCUGAAGGACCUGUACGUGGAAAACUCCCAGCUGAUGAAGGCGCUGCAGGUCACCGAGCAGCGGCAGAAGAGCGCCGAGAAGAAGAACUUCCUGCUGGAGGAGAAGAUCGCCGCCCUCAACAAACUCCUGCGGGAAAUCGUCCCGGCGUCCCUCGCCACGUAGGAGCCGCCGCCGAGCGCAACGGAGGUUUCCCCCGAAGAAACGCCCGAGCAGGCUGAUGAAGCUCCGGCCUCGCCGCGUUCGAUCCAGGAAGCUGCCGGCGUGACGAGCAGCGACGAACUGAUCUGAGCUCAGUUUCCCCAAAGCAUCUUGAAGCUAACUCCAUCUUUUUGUACAGUUUUAGACAAACGGAGCAAAGAUGAGCCCCGACACCAAAACGCUGUCCGGUGCAGCUGAGCCUGUUUUGAACCUGAAGCAUCAGGUUGGCCUCUGAAACAGAGUUAAGAUGAAAAGGUUCCCACAAAGGAUUUGACAGAAGCAGACAGGAGACAAGUGGCCAGCAUCAACACACAAUAAUGUUUUGUUAUGGCACUAAAAAUAUGAUUUAAAUGAUUAGCAGGAAUCAGCAGGAACCUCUGAUACGAUAUGAUCCAUGGUACCUGUGUGUGGAUUCAAUACGUAUCGCAAUUCUGUAAUUAUUACGCGUAGAUUUUAUGAUAUUAUGUGAUUAUUUACUUUUUUUAAUCCUUUCAAAGACAAUCAUCAUCAUCAUCAUCAUCAUGAGCUCAUCAGUCAACUCGACUUUGUUAAUAUUUCUAAAGAAGCGAGCAGUGAAACUCAAAGCGUGCCGAGUUUUACCUGGAAGGAAAUAAAACAAUGUCUCAAAUGAGUCCAGAUUACAGAUUGAGGGUGGGCGUGGCCACGUCCGCACUGCAGUCUGUAGCUCCAUCUGUGUUUCUGCUGUCAAUCAGCCGUGGAGACGCUUAGAGGCGACAUGACAAAGGUGGUAAAGGGACAGUUCACCCCUUCCAGCUCAGCAUGUGUGUCUGCUCUCCUUGCCUGCUCAAGAUGCUUUUGGGAAACAGCCGACACACACACACACACACACACACACACACACAGUCCUGCACUAAUCUGAAGUAUUUCAGCCAUGAGGGUAUUAAUGCAUGUACUGUUUGUUUUAUAUGAAUAAAAAUUUUAUUUUUCUUAUUUUUAAA